AUGGAUAUCGACGAGACUAUGAAUACUCAAUCAUCUGAGCUCAUUGACUCACAGAUGGAGACAGAGGAGCCUUCUGUAUUGGAGUUCUCACAAUCUCUCAUUGGCACUCCCAAGGCCAUCAAGGCUGGCGAACUUCAAACUCUCCUCAAGGCUCUUCAUGAGCAAUUGAAAGAUUUGGACCAAAAUGUAGACAAGGAUUCUCUCAAGACAGUGACCCAAGAGCUCAUCCACAAGCAGAUCAUGAAGAGUCCAAACAAAACCGUCAAGGCUUUGGCAGCCUGUUGUAUUGCUGAUAUCAUCCGUUUGCAUGCUCCCAACUGCCCUUAUACUCUCAAUGAACUCAAGAAUAUCUUCAAGUUCUUUGUUGAUCAGCUCUCAUACUUUGGAAAAAAUACGCCUGAUUUUCCCUAUCAUUUCUAUCUUUUGGAAAACUUGCAGUCUGUCAAAACUUUCCUUUUGCUCAGCGAAAUUGACAAUGCUGAAGAUGUUGUGUUUCCCAUGGUAGCAGAGUUUUUUGAUGUCACUGCAAAAGCUACGUUGCCCAGAAACGUGGAAUUGUGCAUGACCGAUGUAUUGAUUCAGAUCAUUGAGGAUGUCAACAUUCUGGGCCAGGAGAUGACUGAGCUUAUUCUGGAGCAAUUUGACCGAUUUGACAAAGGUUCAAAGAACCCAGCCUAUCUGAUGACUUUGGACAUCUGUUAUGCUUGUGCAGGCUCCCUUCAGAGAAGAGUUUGCCAGUACUUUUCUGAUAUCUUGCUUUCAGUGAGUAGCACCAGUUCUGAUCAAAGCGAUGAUUUGGAUGAAGUCAAAAAAGCACAUCAUCUUAUGCGCAAAGUCAACACUGUCACACCUGAUUUACUACUCAAUGCCAUGCCACUCUUGCAAGAAGAGAUGAAAGUGGAUCAUAUGAGCAUUCGUCAACUUGCAACAGAAACCUUGGGCGAGAUGUUUGCAGAGGAAUCAUCCAAUGUAGCUGAAAAGUACCCCAACAUCUGGAAGACUUGGCUUGGAAGACGUAACGAUAAAGCUCAGUCUUUGCGCGUCAAGUGGCUGGAAGCCUGCGUCGACAUUUACAAACACCAUCCUGAAUCCGUCCCUGAAUUGAUCGAGUGUUUCAAGGAGAAAUUCACAGAUCCUGAUGACAAGGUUCGUGCCACCGCUUGCAAGAUUAUGAGAGAUAUUGGCAUCGAGAAUGAUUCUGCAAGCAUGGAUAAAGAUUUGGUGGAGCUCGUUGGUGCCAGAGCCAAGGAUAAAAAGAAUGUUGUGAGGGUUGAAGCAAUGGCUACUAUCGGAACCAUCUAUAACAACUGCUAUCAACGCAUCAUGGCCAAUGAUAGAGUAGUAAUUGAGAAGGUUGGCUGGAUUCCUGAUCUUGUGCUCAGCUGUCUUUAUUUGGGUGAUUUAUCUGUUCAAGCCAACAUUGAGUCCAUUUUGCAGAAAUAUAUCUUUCCUGAAAACGAUAAUGAUGCUGAGAGAACCGAAAGACUCGUUGUCGUAGUGGAUUCAUUAAAGGAAAAGCAGAGAAUUGCCUUCCUUGCACUUUUGCAGAAACAAAAGUUGUUCAACGAAAACAUGCUGACCUAUGUAGAGAUGUGCGAAAACCAUAUGGACAACAACGAUGUCUCGGAACAUGAUGCCACCAAGGCUGAUGAAUUCAUGAAAUAUUUAGCAGCCCGCUUUGCCGACAAGGCCAGAACCUUCAAUGCUUUGCGCUCAUUCCUUUCCAGAGAAAACGACAAGGACAUCAAACUGUUGAGAAAUGCCAUUGACCUCAACCGCACAUACAAACAAGUGUAUGCAGCUAUGAACAAGCUACUCGCGAAUUUGAAUGACGAUCAAUCUGCUAUUGUUGACAUCUUCCAAUCUAUUUUGUACAGAGCCUGUCCACUUAUUCUCAACAAAAGCAACAUUGCCCACUUGCUCAAAAUGACAAAAACCGGUAAAGGAAGAAGAGCCAAUGCAACAACACAGAGAUCCAUUGUCGCACAAAAGAUCUUGUCAGACAUGUCAACUGUGUAUCCAUCCAUGUAUGCCAACAAUUUGAAGGACAUCAUCAGCGAGAUUAUGAGUGAUAAUGAUAGCACUGCUGAUGAGGGUCUCCAACUUUUGGCUGAAAUCAGCAAGGCCUCAGUAGGCGAAAUGAAAUUCCAAAACAAUUUGGUUGAACGUCUUACUGCAUAUGUCUCUGAUGGCAGUGUCGAACAAGCAACGCACGCUGCUACAGCACUUGCAGCCAUGGAUAACGCUGAAUUGGUCCUUGCUGAAGCAGUCGCCGAUUGGAGUGAUGAUUUUUACCUAAACUCUCCCGCAUUGCUCAACAGACUUGCUAGUUUUGCUCAAAUUGCCUUGUAUACACCUAGUUUGAUCCAUCCUCAUAUCGCCUCAUUGAUUCAAUUUGUAGAAGAAGACCUUUUGAAUGCCAAAACCAAAGAGAUCAAUAAUCCUAACGAUGAGUGGUCAUCCUAUGAAGAACUCCCUGAGCAAUCCCGACAAAAACUUACAGCUGUUCGCCUGUUAGUCAAUUACCUGACUGCAUGCAAGGAUCUGACUGAGCCUGAGGAAUUUGUUGUUGGUAAAAUCUUUGCUAUUCUUUGGAAAUUAAUGGAUAUCACUUGCGAAAGCGCCAUCACAGACAAAACAAAUGCUGCCGAAGCUUCUCAUCUCAGACUAGGCGCCACUCAAUCUAUUGUUAAGCUUACAGAGUUCACCCGAUACACUAGCGAAUUGACAGUUCCCAAGUUUGAGAAACUCAGCGUCGCAUUGCAAGAUUCAUGUUAUUAUGUGCGUCAAGAAUUUGCAGAGACAUUGAUGAAGGGACUACAAAGCGGACAAAUCCAUUCCCGUUACUACACGUUACUUUUCAUCUGUGCACACGAACCAGAACUAUCCUUGUUGAGGCAAGUCAAGAGUUUUGUACAGAAGCGAUUGUCUGUGAUGGAAGUCAAGCAAGGCGAAUCUUCUGUGGUGGACUCUUCUCUUGUGCGUUUGAUUCAUCUCUUGGCACAUCACCCUGACUUUACUGAAGCAGUCGACGAUUUGAAUGACUUUGGCCUCUAUUUCAGAUUCUUUAUCUCUUGCGUUGCUACUCCUGAUAACGUGUCAUACUUGUAUCAUAUUGUGCAACAAAUCAAGAUCUCCAAGGACAUGGUAGAUGAGUCAUUGAGCAAGAACUCGUAUGUACUCAGUGAUUUAGCUUGUUUAUUAAUCAAAACCAAAUGUAACGACGCAUCAUGGCCCUUGAAUGCUUUCGGAGGUCGUGUUUCCCUUCAAUCCAGAUUAUAUCAUACUCUGCCUGCAGGUGUAGUUCAAGCAGAAACUAUCAAGAAGAAUUAUUUACCAAAGGAAUUCUUGACCAAGUUUGAAGAGGAGCGCAAGCACAAGUCUGGAGAAAAGCGAUCCCGAUCCAAUGUCUCUGUUGGCAACAAAAAAGUCAAGGUUUAA